CGUUCAAGGUUUUUAAUGUUUGAAGGAUCAAGGUGAUUGAUUGUGGAGAAUUACGUUUUCCAGUAUAUUCCAUAAGAUUUUUGCAUAAUCACUAGUUACAUUCAGUCUCAAACUAAGUUUAGAAGUGGAAUAAACUUCAAUAUCAAGAUGACGAGUACGAAAAUUGAAUUCGCUGUGCAAAUGACAUGCGAAUCGUGUGUGAAAACAGUCAGAAAAGCACUGGAAAACGUGCCAGGCAUCCAAAACUUUGAUAUAAACCUCACAACAGGCAGUGUUACAGUUGAAUCUACUCUUCCAGCUCAAGAAAUAUUAAAAACACUACAAAGCACAGGCAAGAAAGCAGUUGUUAGAGGUUUGGGAGGCACCACAGCAGGAGUUGCUAUUCUGGACACUGGUUCUGAUUCAAUAAAAGGUGUAGUGAGAUUUGUACAAGAAGCAGAAGAUGUAUGCAUUAUUGAUGGAACUGUUGAUGGUCUUAAUGCAGGAAAACAUCAAUUAAGUGUGCAUGAAUGUGGUGACACAUCACAAGGAUGUGCAAGUGUGGGUGACUUUUUCAAUCCAAAGAAAUCUAAUGGAAGAAUUUAUGGGGAUCUAGGCUUUGUAAAAGCUGAAAAAGAUGGAAGAUCAGCAUUUAGAUUUGAUGAUUCAGUAAUUAAACUGUCUGAUAUCAUUGGGAGAGCAUUGGUGAUAUCAGAAGCAACUACUGGCAAGAGAUUAGCAUGUGGAAUUAUUGCAAGAUCUGCAGGACUCUUCCAAAAUCCAAAAACAAUCUGUGCUUGUGAUGGAGUUACAAUUUGGAAUGAAAAAGUUGCACCUAAUCCAACCUCAUCAUUGUAAAUGUAUGUUAAUAUUAAUUCCAAAGGGUAAACAUGUGAUUUUUAUGUAGAUUUACGCUGGUUACGAAGGGAAACAAUGAAGAAACAAUGUAAAACAUUUUUUGGUAAUAAAUAUUUGUUGAAUA